AUGCUCCAGCAGUUCCUCCCUGCUGCGUCUGCUGCAGCAGCACCACCACCAGACGGCAGGUUGGCUCAAGGGCAUGGUCUGGCUGGUUGGAGAGGGGACGUAGAAUCUCCCCCUUGCUUUCCAGUCCUCCCCCCCUCCCCCUCCCCCCCUCUUCUUCUUCCCUACCUCCCCGUCUUCUUCACCUUACUCCCCCCCUUCCUCCCAGCAGCCCCACCUUUUUGUUUGUGGUUCCCCCCUGCUGGGUCUGCUGCAGCAGCACCACCACGAGACUGCAGCUUGGCUCAAGGGCAUGGACAGCAGCACCACCACGAGACGGCAGCUUGGCUCAAGGGCAUGGACAGGCGGUUAGAGCGGGUUGUAAAAUCCGCCCUCUUUUUGUUCCUGUUGGCCCCGCCCCUCUUGAGCCCCCCUUUUUCCCUUUUCCUUUCCAGUUCCCCCCUGCUCCGUCUGCUGCAGGAGCACAACCGGGAGGCGGCUGCUUGGCUUAAAGACAUGGACAGGCGGUUGGAGCGGGAUGCAGCUCACCUCAACACCGUGCUCGACCGAGCCAUACAACAACUGAGCGAGGAGAGGGAUCGAGCAGAGGCUCGGGCAACAGUGAUCGAUCAAGCAACAGCAGAGGCGAUUCUGAGAGCACCCAGCGUAGAGGCGGCAUCUGCAGCUCUAAGAAGCAUGCAGGCUACCACUGUUGACCUGAGGAAGCUUGCAGAGGGGAAAGGGGGGGAGCGGGAUAAGGGGAGAGAAGGGGCGAACGGGGAGGAGAAUGGAGGGGAGAGGAGGGACCGGAAGGAGGGGGUGGAGGGGGAGAGGAGGGAGGAAGAGAAGGGGCCGCUGGUGGAGUGUUUGGAGAUGUAUACUCGAGCUCAGGGGCUGGAGAAGAGGUUUCACGCAGCCCUGCAGGUGUAUCAACAAUACGACAGGGAGGUGGCGGUGAGGCAGUUCAUGCUGGGGCACCUGAAGGAGCUGGACGGGUACCGGAGCUGGACGGCUGCUGAGGGAAUGGACGCUGCACAGCCCAAUGCCCCUACUCCCUCGCUUUUCUCCUUCUCCCCUCUUCACUCCCCCACCACUCUGUCCCUCUCUCACCAGCCCUGCAGAUCUACCAACAAUACGACAGGGAGGUGGCAGUGA